GUCAUUGCACAGGAGGCAUGAACACGGCCUCCUAGCUCAGUCCAACGUAACGUCGCAGCCGGAGAUGGUUCACCGUUGAAAGUCUUCAUUGUAUUUAGAUGAAAGUUAUGAAGUGUUGCAGAAUUUCACUCGAGAACUGUUAGAAAUCCUUGUCCGCACGCAAUGAUAACCAUACCGUCGUUGGGAAACUUAGCGUUGAGUGGUUCUUCCCCCCAUGGUAGUGACCUGCUUACUAAAAGCAACCGUAAUGGAUCGGUUCUCGAGAUGUUCCUAGGCUCGCGAGACCACAGCAACAGAGGAUCAAGAGAAGGUUCGAUGGGGCCCCCGUCUCGCCAAUCUAGCAAUGCUAGUGUAUCCAGCAUAACAUCGUCGCAAGAUGCUGGAAGCACAGGAUCGCAGUUUUUUGAGGUUUUGUAUUUGGGAAAGAUAAAAUCAGUGUCUCAUCGCAAAGCACCACCAACGUUCAUCGAUGACGUGUUGGAGAAAUUUCGUGCCCAUAACCAGCUGGAAGAGCAACGGGUCCGGCAGACAAGCUUGCCCGUACAUGCAGCCAAUAGUUCAUUCCUUCAAAUGGCCAGGUUUCCCAGACCGACUAGUAUGACUGAUAUUUGCGGAGACAGUCGUGAAGUCUACGAAGGCCGUCAUAUUUUUACAAAGAAAUUGGUCGAUACGCAGGAGGAGGAGGAAACCGGCGAAACGCAAUCCACAGCUACAGCUGACAACAGUACCCUGUCCAUACUCAAACAAACAGAAGAAGUUCUUAAGACGCUGUCGGAUCGUAUCGAGCCCUUACAAAACAAUAUCUUAGCAAACCAAAAUGGGGAACAAGCUCAUCAUCAAGAUCUGUCGGCAAGUUUCCGUGUACGGACUGCUAGUGGAGGGAUCUCCAGCUUACCACCCAGAAAAGAUCCAUCUCUUGAGCCCUUGUCACGCGGUCGAGCCAACUCUACGGGUAGCGCUUCAGCUUUACGACCUAGAAGAGUCAACUCUACGACCCUGUUGGAAGUUCCUAAAACGCCGCAAGUUGCCACUAACGAAAAUAAUCGCACAAUGUUACUACAAAUCAGCCGCUGUGAUGUGAAACUCAUCAGCCCAGAUCGCAAAUCCGUCAUGUUGAGUAAACCGUUUUGUGACAUCUCACAUUGCUCACAGGGCAUUAAAAAUCCUGAAAACUUUGGAUUUAUUUGUCGGGACACUGUUAGUGACAAUAAUGUCUGCUAUGUUUUCAAAUGUCAAAGCAGUUCAGUUGCUGAUGAAAUAAUGACAGUUUUGAAAUUGGCGUCCCAUUCUGCAUCUGAAUCUCAAAAACGAAUCAACAACAACGUCUGCGAGCACUGCCCUUCUGUUUGGCUCCAGAGACUGAUAACUGACGUCGAAGGACUAACUGAUCAGAAAGCACACGCUUUACUUCUAAGGCGUAUUGGAACCUUGCCUGAAGCUGACCAAGAGCAAUUGGUGGCAAAAUAUAAAGGCGCCGAUUUAAUCAAAACCAGCGAACAAAACGAUCUUUUGCUACUCCUUUUGAAAGCGCAUUGUGAGGCACGACAAAUGACCCACGUUCAUGACACGGCUGAAAAUAGACACGAAUUUUUGAGCCAAUAUUUUGAUGGAAGCUCGGGUACUAUAUUUAAAAAGGCCAAGCGGUCCUUGUCCAACUCCUUCGAUCAACUGCUGAAACGUAAAACCAAAGAUGAAAUGGAGUUGGCGUCAGCACAAUCAACUUUUCAUCAAACAAGCCUUCCAAAUCGUGUAGAGCAAAUUGAGAAUGAAAAGACUCCAUCAAAACAGUCUUUUUGUUUCGACAUGGCUGAUGGACUUAGCCAGUCUCCAUUGGCAAAUGGGUCAGACCCUCGACUGGAUGCCUCUCGUCCUCGAUCGUCAACACUUUGCAGCUCUCAUGGUGCAACGAUAAAAAAAGAAUUAAAAGAAAUGCAAAAUAAGAGGAGAGACAGUAGAGAGCAAAAGGAGAUCAAGAUCGAAAAAGUGUCGAGUCCAACCACAAAGUCUCCUAUAAUGGAAAUAUUUUUCAAAGUCGGCAGUCCGUCCCCUGUUCACACUGCACAUCCUCCUACCGACACACCAAGCCCGCGUAGGCCGUCUUCUGCUGCCUCUUGGCGUCAAGCCAUUUUCCAGCAAGUCAAGUCGCCAAAUCAGAACAACCCGAACGAGUUUUGUGUAGGUGUCGAUCCACGGAAAUAUGGAGCUGGGGAUCAGGGACGAAUCCGGCGAACUCGCGAAAAUUACCGAAUGCUUUGGCAAAAGGCCAUUAAACAGCAAAUUAUUCUAAUACGCAUGGAAAAGGAAAACAAGCGAUUGAAAGCUCACCAAGAGGAGAUGGCAAUCAAGCGCAUGAAGUUAAAUUACGACGAAAUUGUCGUCUGCCCUCGGCCCACCGUCCAGUUGUGGGAAAAACUUCUAAACUCAUCUUCCGGUGUGGCCCCAGACUUUCCCACCCUCGCCCGUGCGGUAGAAAAGGGAGUGCCAAAGCAUCGACGAGGUGAGGCUUGGCGGGUACUGGUCAACACGCGAAAUACGAUGGAAACUCAGCAGCCAUCGUGGUGUAGACACGCAGCGCACGAUGAUUACAGCUUGUCAUCCCAGCCAGUUGAUUAUGAAAAAUUCCCAUUGCUCGAUGAACCAUACGAAGAACUUCUCGGACAACUCACUUCGCAUCAGCACGCUAUCAUCAUCGAUCUGGGUCGGACCUUCCCCACACAGAAAUAUUUUCAGGCCUCUCUAGGUCCAGGACAGUUGUCAUUGUACAACUUACUAAAGGCCUAUUCGCUUUUGGAUAGCGAAGUAGGCUACUGCCAGGGUUUGAGUUUCAUCGGUGGUGUAUUGUUGAUGCACUUGGAAGAGAAUGAGGCUUAUUAUAUGCUUCGUUACUUAAUGCUGGAACUGGGACUUCGGCGACAAUUCCUACCCGAUAUGGCGGCUCUUCAGGUGCAAUUAUACCAAAUGGCCCGUUUACUCAGAGACUCUCAUCGUGAUCUCUACGAGCAUCUCGAGGAAAAUGAAAUCAGUCCCACAUUGUAUGCAGCUCCGUGGUUUUUAACUCUUUUCGCCUCGCAGUUCCCUCUGGGCUUUGUAGUUCGUGUUUUCGAUUUAGUUUUUAUGAGCGGUAUGUCGAUGGUUUUCCGCGUCGCCCUGUCUCUUAUUGCCGACCACAAAGAUAUGCUACUCCAAUGCCGCAAUUUUGAACAGUUGAUGGAUUAUUUCAAAACCACUUUACCGUCUAUGGGAGCUUCGCAGCUUGAACGCGUCAUUCACGAGGCGCUAGAAUUGGACAUUUCACGGCAGUUGGCGGCUUAUGAAGUCGAGUAUCACGUACUACAAGAAGAAAUAGUCGCUGGUAUCGCAUCGCCAAUCAGCCCACAACAACACGGUGUUGAGGAUUGGAAGGAAAAGACACGCCAUCUGGAAGAGACCAACAUGGCCCUGCAAAAACAAGUGCGUGAAUUGCAGGCUCAGUUGCAAUCAGCGAAAGUAACGACACGCAUUUUGGAAAACAAUCUAAGCGCCAGUCAAUCCAAAUACGCUAGGCUUGAGAGAGAGGUGAGCGAAUACGAAAAUGAUCGCCAUUCGCUGAUCCAUUUAAUUGCUGAUUUGAUGAAGAGAUUACCUGCUGACCAAGAAAUCGUGAUUCCUCCUGACAUUGCUAGAUGCUUAGAAGACUUUGGCCCUACACAUGAAGGAGGUAUUUCCAUCAUGAUAACACCGUCGUCAGUUGGUAGUUCAGCUUCCGCCAUCUUCAGUUGAGAAACAUCCGGAUUUUCAGCAGUUCCUACUCAUCCUUGUUUGUUUGUUUUUUUCGCUUCGCCCUCGUGCCUUUAUUAUUAUUUCAAUUUUUUUUUAGAUAACCCAGUGAUAAUUGUUUGAUUGUUUGCUUUUUCUCAUUCGACAUCUAGAGAAGUUGACUUCUCUUGCACAUUUCGUUAUUUCGAUUGAUUACCAUCUUCGUCUUUACGACAGUAAACAUUGCUUAAUCUGUAGGAUGUGCAAUGAAAAACAAAUCUCAUGCAUUCAUCGUGUUUGCAAUCCAUGAUCAAGCAGUUUAUUUUUAGCAUAAAAAAAGUUUGUGUUGCAAUUUAAAAGUUCGAAACUCUUUCCGUAUUUGUUAUGCGACUGCGUGACUCUCUUUGAAACAUUGAACUACAGUAUCCCCGUCGGAUUUGUCUAUACCUAAUCUGAUUUUUGUGUAAUAAAUCCAUGUACUUAA